UUGCCACCUGUCAGUGCUCAUCAGUGCCACGUGCCAGUGCCCAUUAGUGCCACGUGCCAGUGCCCAUCAGUGCCACAUCAAUGCCACAUAUCAGUGCAUACCAGUGCACAUCAAUGCCACAUAUCAGUGCCCAUCUAAGUUGCUUUUCAAUGUCACCCAUCAGUGCCAGUCAGUGCCACCUAUCAAUGCCAAUCAGUGCCACCUAUCAGUGCCAUGCCCAUCAGUGCCACCUAUCAGUGUCCAUCAGUGCAGCCUAUCAGUGCCCAUCACUGCAGCCUCAUUAGCGCACAUCAGUGAAGGAGAAAAAUCACUUAUUUACAAAAUUGUUUAA